UAUUUAAAAUGUUAAAAUGAAAAUAGAAGAAAUUAUGUAAGUUAUUAAUGUAUAAAGCGCGGAAUUGGAGAAGAAUUAACCGUGGGAAACAUGGUGGGUCAUGUGAUGAUAGAGAGUGGGUGGGUCAUGGGGUUUCCUCAACUCCCUCUCUAAAAUAGGGAUUUUGUGGGCUGUUAAGGUGUGAUAUCCUGAACAACAAAAUGGAGAUCCAACUCUUGUCUUCGGGGACGCGCCACGAGAGCUUGCCGGAAAAGUAUGAAAGGCCGGAGUCGGACAGGCCGAGGUUGUCGGAAGUGUGCUGUUUGGAGAACGUGCCAGUCAUCGACUUGGGAUGCGAGGACAGGGCCUGGAUGGUGGAACAAGUGGGGGAGGCCUGCAAGUGUUACGGCUUUUUCCAGGUGAGGAACCAUGGAGUGAGUAAGGAAUUGGUGGAGAGAACGAUAGGAGUUGGGAAUGCCUUCUUUGGGCUGCCGCUGGAGGAGAAGCUCAAACUUUACUCCGACGACCCUUCCAAGACGGUCAGGCUGUCCACAAGUUUCAACGUCCGGAAGGAGGAAUUUCACAACUGGAGGGAUUAUCUCAGACUCCAUUGCUAUCCUCUCUCCAAAUACUUGCCCCAUUGGCCCACCAACCCUCCUCUCUUCAGGGAAGUUGUGAGUGAGUAUUGCGUGCAAGUGCGGGAACUUGGGUAUACAAUUCAGGAGCUCAUAUCGGAGAGCUUGGGCCUUCACAAGGACUACAUUAGGGAGGUGCUGGGGGAACAGGGGCAGCACAUGGCUGUCAAUUAUUACCCGCCCUGUCCCCAGCCAGAGCUCACCUACGGACUCCCUGCCCAUACCGAUCCCAACGCUCUCACGAUCCUCCUUCAAGACCAGCACGUCGCAGGCCUCCAAGUCCUCAAAGACGGUAAGUGGCUCGCUGUCAGCCCCGAGCCCGAUGCCUUUGUCGUCAACAUUGGCGACCAAUUGCAGGCAUUGAGCAAUGGGGUUUACAAGAGCGUCUGGCACCGUGCGGUUGUGAAUGUGGACAAGCCCAGGCUGUCCGUUGCCUCUUUCCUCUGCCCAUGCGAUGACGCCCUCAUUAGCCCUGCACCGCCCCUCACCCGACAUGGGCCUCCCGCCAUUUACCGAGGCUUCACCUACGCAGAGUACUACAGUAAGUUUUGGAGCAGAAACUUGGAUGAACGACACUGCUUGGAACUAUUUAAAAACCACUCCCCUCCUUAACGACUUCCUCUCUCUGGUUUUUUACAAAUUUUAAUUACGUCCCUAAAUUUUUUAUUUUGAUUUUAAUAAACCCUUACCACCCUUGCUUCCACAUGUUA